AUGUUCCAACGUCGGAGCUCGUCCACACUCAUACCUAAAGCAUGCCGCCGAUCGACUCGGCAAACUCAAGUGUUGAGCUCGUCUUGGCCAGCAACACCGCCUAGCAAUACGAGGGCAGAGACAUCCCGAGCUCGCCACACAAAUCCCUUGCCAGAGCCAGGAAUAGAUGCCCAACUUUCUCAAGAAGUCUACAUUGCUGUGAUGGGGGCUACCGGAAGUGGGAAAACCAGUUUCAUCAACAUGGCUAGCGGGUCCGCGCUACGAGUCGGAUCGGGGCUCAUGUCGUGCACCGACGCUGUUCAGACUUCAGAACCAUUUUGGCUCGAGAAUCGAACAGUUCGGCUGAUAGACACACCUGGCUUCAAUGAUACAUCGAAGACCGAUACCGAAGUGUAUCGGGGAGGCGUGAAGCUCUCCGGUGCCAUAUACAUUCACCGCAUCUCAGACGUUCGUAUGGGUGGCGCGUCGACCCGAAAUUUCAAGCUGUUCAAAGGGUUAUGUGGGGACGACAUGCUGCAGAACGUUGUAAUUGUGACGAACAUGUGGAGCCAUGUUCCCCUCGACGUUGGCGAGGCUCGAGAAGAAGAAUUGAAGUCUGACCAUGAUUUCUUCAAACCUGUGCUAGAUGGUGGUGCACAGUUAAAACGCCACGACAAUACGUCCACAUCGGCCCGGGAUAUUGUGGGUUCCAUCGCAUUCAACAUUCCUCUCCCCUUGCGCAUUCAGUUGGAGCUAGUGGACGAGCAAAAGGUCAUCACAGAAACCGCCGCUGGGGCAGAGCUAGGCCGUGAGUUGCGCGAACAAGCGACGAGAUACGAGGAAGAACGACGUCGGCUACAGGACGACAUGAAUGAAGCGCUGAGGCAAAAGGACGAGCAGGCUCGAGAGGAGCUCGAGCAAGCGACAGCUCAGCUGAAUCGAGACAUGAUGCGUGUUGAAGAUGAAAGGCAACAGUUGGCCUCUUCCUACGCUGAUGAGAAAGAAAGGCUCGGAAAGAGGCGGCCGGCUCGACGAGAAAGUGAACUACAAGCCGCAGGGCACCAAAGGAGGAUGGCCGGUGUCGAUGGCGGGCUCAGGCGCGCACCAGAGGCAGAAUCGAGGGGGAAAAUGGAGUUGGCGGCAAGUUUGCAGCGCCUACGACGGCAAGCUGAAGAAACUCCACCAUCGUUUUUCCAACGGUUUCGCGGCUUUCUCAGGUCUAAAUCAGCACCGUCCCGUCGUUUCAGCGCCACUCUGGAUUCCGACUGA